UCGGCACUGACUGGACUAGACUCCCCGCCACGUAACAAGCACCGCGGUAACAGGAGAGAGGAUGUCCUGCUGAACCGAGGGAUUGGCCUGGGAAAGCCGUCCCUUCCUUCCUUCCUUCCUUCCUUCCUCGCUUCCUCGUCUCCUCGCUUCCUUCUUCCACCAGUGUGCAGCAGGAGUCACGCAGGACGGUCGGGAGUUUAUUCCCCCCCCAUUUCCAGUGGAUAAAGGACCAGCGACCCGAGCCCCGGCGCGUCUCUCCGGAUGGGGUUUUCUCGUCGUGUCUCGGGUGACAAUCAGCGUGCGUGCAGGGGAACCAGGCCUUGCACAGACCUGCUCCUCGGUAGCUGAGUUAGCUCUGCACCUGCUAACCAUCACCUCUAUAAUUAGAUCUCAAACUUCUGCAUUCGUGCAAAAAAAAAAAUAAUUUUUUUUUGCUUUUUUUUUUUUUGCAAGUUGUAAAUGACAUAUAUUGUUUCCGUUUUACGAAACGUGUCAUGCAUCAUCAGCCGGCGACUGAGCUCUUCAUUCAUUUUUAAAGCUAACUUUUCCUUUGUUGCAGCUUUGUCUUCAUGCAGCUGCAAGUACGUUGCUUAAAAAACUGAAAAAACCAGCUGGGGUUAGUAAUUUUGUAUUUUUUUCCAUGCAACUCUGACCUCAACUAUUGAAUGUAAAAAAAAACAUAAAAAGGAGUAAAUGAGCAUUAUAGAUUAACGUGCUUUUAUGUUGAAUGAAAUCCACUGAGCUGAUUUUUUUUUUUUGCCUGUUGAUACAGAAUUAAUAUCAAUUAAUCAUCAUCAGACGAGAAUUGUGUUAUUGCAAACAAUAGAUUGGUGCUUUAAUUGAAGAAGGAGAAAGAGCCUACCCCCCUCCCCCCCCAUCCAGCCCCCCAAACCCCGGUUUUGUGGAGUUAUACCACUUAUUCCUCAUGAACAUACAGAGGUCAAAUCCAAUUAACAUUUCACGUCAUGGGAGAUCGCGACACAAAUCGCACGAUUUAGAGAAACUCUCGUGCCUAAGGACUACAGAGUCUUACCAGAGCUUCAGCCCCAACCUCGGGUCCCCCAGCCCGCCGGAGACCCCCGACUCCUCGCACUGCAUCUCCCGCAUCGGGGACUACCUUUUGUUGGAGCCUCUGGAGGGAGACCACGUUUUCAGAGCCGCCCACCUGCACAGCAGGGACGAGCUCGUAUGUAAGGUUUUUGACAUUGGCCGAUACCAGGAGUCACUGGCGGCCUACUUUGCUCUGGGCCAGCAUCACCACAUUAACCAAAUUGUGGAGAUUUUGCUCGGGGAGACGAGAGCCUAUGUGUUCUUUGAAAGAAGCUAUGGCGACAUGCACUCUUUUGUCCGCACUUGCAAGAAGCUGCGAGAGGAUGAAGCUGCCAGGCUUUUCUAUCAGAUAGCCUCUGCUGUGGCACAUUGCCACGACAACGGAGUGGUCCUCCGUGACCUCAAACUAAGGAAGUUUGUCUUCAAAAAUGAGGAUAGAAUCCUUGUGAAGCUCGAGAGCCUUGAGGACUCUUAUAUCCUGGCUGGCGGGGACGACUCCCUGACAGACAAACAUGGCUGCCCGGCCUACGUCAGUCCGGAGAUCCUCAAUGCCAACGGCAGCUAUUCAGGGAAAGCAGCUGACGUCUGGAGUCUCGGUGUCAUGCUCUAUACGAUCCUUGUGGGGCGCUACCCUUUUCAUGACGUUGAGCCAGGCCCCCUGUUCAGCAAAAUCCGCAGGGGCCACUUUAACAUCCCCGAGACGCUGACGCCGAAAGCCAAGUGCUUGAUCCGCUCCAUACUCCGCAUGGAGCCAGCAGAGCGCCUCACCCCUCGGGAGAUUCUGGAGCACCCCUGGUUCGCCUCCUCCGGGGUGCUCGGGGGCACUCCGGUGCACGGCAGAGGGGAGAGGGAGCACGAGCAGAUGGUGCCUGAGGUAAACAUGGAAGAGGAGCUGGAGCAGUUCUUCAGCUGAACAAACAUCAAGCACAAACGGGUGACUCCGCCACGGUUGGCUCUCCCAGGUCACAUCAGAGCCAAGAACAGUAGUUUAGAAAUAAAUAGGUGAAUUUGUCAAUCAUAAUAAAGGUGUUUCCAUCUCGUUUCCUUUUCCACCAUUUUCAUGGAAAACCUUAAGCUUGGCAUGACAAAUGGCAUCUAUACAUCACCUGGCGCUGCACGUCCCCAGUGGGGAUGUCGCCACCAGACAUGCAAGUUGCAAACAAUGUAGCAAAUGUUCUUCUUUUUUCUUUCCGUUUCUUUUUUUUUGUGGAUGUGUUUGGUUUAAUGUGGUGCUCAUGAAAGUAAACACAUUCACCAUUUUUGACACUAUGGAAUAUAUGAAGGGACAAUCGGACACAAAGACCCAAGGAGAACAAUUCUGAAUGAACUGACAAACGGCAGCACCACAGCUUUUUUUUUACAGGUUUUGAUUUGAAUUUUUUAUUUUAUUUUAUUAUUUUUAGUUUUUCCUGGCUGUGGGUAGAAAUGAAUCUGAACCACAGACCCGGAAGAGUCGGAAGCAGUCCCAGGUUCUGUUGCUACACGUGUAUAAGGUCAUUACCCCUGACCUGGAUUCAUAACGGCUGAGGAUUUGUCCUCAUCCGUCUCAUAUUUAGUAUAGUUGGCCUUUUUUUCAAAGUUUCAUUUAUCUCAAUUUUGCAUUUCUGACAGUCACUGAACUCCUUGGUGGCCUUGUUUUUUUUUUGUUUUUUUUUUGUCCAGUUAUGGUUCUGCCACUCUUCUUUUUAAGCUUUUUCCACUUUUCCUUUCAAUUACAUAACAUUUUCAAAAUGAUCAUUUAUUGUAUUUGUUUUCUAAGCUCUUCCAAUUUGUUACUGCUGCAUUAAUGUCACUCCUUCGACCUGAAAUCUUUAACUGUUUUCUUGGUAAUCCUCUCAACACGGCAUCAAGCGCUUGGUGUGUUAGGUUAAUGGAUGAUUCCACCUGUUAAAAUUAGCUGCCUUUUAUUUAAAUUAAUUCUGUAGUUGUAGGAACAAGAACAUAACCUUUAUUUAAAUUGUAACAGCUAUAUAAAUAUAUAUAAAUGAAUAUAAAUAUAUAUAUUUAAAACUACAUUGCAGGGUUGUUUUGUUUUUUUUGUUUUUAAAUCCAGAGAUUCCCUUUUCUCUUUUUUUUUUUUUUUUUUUUUUUCCUUCUUUCUUCUUCCCCAAGUAUGAUGUAGGCAAUAUCUUGACACAGGACAGGCGUCUAUAGAGGAAAGAUGUCUGUCUGAAGUUUUAGAAAAUGAUAUCGUCUGUGCCAGUAUUCCUGUGCCACAAAAGGCCAUGCCACCCAGUCUCCCUCACUUGAUACCAGAUAUUUAGUAGUAGUACUGCUAUGAAAUGCUCACUCCAUGACCUCAUGUUGGUUUUCCUUCUGCCUGGUUAGGUUCUGUGAAGCGAUCAUGCUCAGAAUGGGUACCAGUGGAUGUGUUGUCUUAUCUCAUCAAUGAUGUUACUUGAAUUUUAUUUUAUUUUUCCUGUUCUUCUUCUCCAGUCGAGUCAUUGGCAUGUGCUCCAUGAAUGCUAUAGCCUGCCAAGCGAGGGUGAGGGUGGGAUUGGGGUUAGGAGGAUGCUUUUUUUUUUCUCUUCUCCCCCUCCCCCUUUUAGGAAAAGUGGAAACAGGAGAUGAUCUGAAUUUUCUACUUUUCUGAAUUGGUUUUCAAUUUUGAAAAAGCAGUUAUUGCUUUUUUUCCUUUUUUUUCCUGUAGACUGAGCUACCUUUUAUUUAAGUUGGUGCUGAUUUGGUGCUAAUGUUUAGUCCUUUCUGUUUCACCGAGGGGGGGGUUGGGGGUGGUGCAUGGUGGGAUAUCUGCCUCAGAUGUUCUGAUUGUAUUGUGACAGAUUCUGGUGUUUUUGUCCAAAUUUAUUCAGUAAAUAAAUUGUGAACUGCUAUCUGAUUUUGGUUUU